AUGCCCCGACCGAUCCUCAAGAGUUUGUCAUCGUACGCAAGCCCCUUGAGGUUCUCAAACAGUUCAUCCAAGAGAAAAGGAAAGCAAGUAAGUAGUCGACGACAUGUUGGAUCCAGUAGACACGUGACAUUUUCUCCAUUCACCAAAUUACGACAAGACUCGUCGAACAGGUCUCAAUUGGCUGACGUUAAGGAGAUAAAGGACUCGUUAACGUCAGGAUUUACGUUUUCUAGUGCCACGGAGGCAGAAAAAAACAAGCAUUCAAGGCGGAAGGAGGAGUUGCAAACCAUGCAGGCUUUGUACAGAGCAUCAAUGCGCAGACCUCAUAGUAUGAAGUCGCUUUUGUUGGCGUAUGUGCCUGGACUGAAACGACUCAACAAAUUAGCAAGCUACUGGAUGGACUAUGCAAAGACAGCGCGCAAUAUGGUGUCAUGGUCUCGAAGCUCACGCCCGAAGCGUCAAAAGAAGCGACGACUGAGAAAGUUACUGCAAGGUCGGUGGACUGACCUCCGUGAAGCAGACUACAAGUAUGUCCAGCAGCUCGCGCUCAGUUCAAAAAUGACGCAUUCUACCUUGUUAUUGCCUUCGUCAACCUCGUCUAUGUAUAUCAACAGUAAGCUGCUGGCUAUUUUUCGUAGAUCGCCACAGCCAGAUCUAACUCCAGCUAGUCGAGGAGGGUUUACAAGCCUGCUACGUGAAAAAGGCAUCUCAGUUGAUGAAGAUGAGCGUGAGGCAAACCUUGCCAUUAGUGAAGAUCUGCGUGGCCUGAGCCGUCCCAUCCAACGUCGUCGCAUCCAGUGGUGA